CCUCACUGUGUAUCUCUCCAACUCAGCUGUGCGAUGGGCAAAGAGACUGCCCUGAUGGAUUUGAUGAACAUACCUGCAUGGUCCAAUGCAAAAAUCCAGAUGACUUCUUAUGCAGCAACCGGAGAACGUGCAUCCCCAAGGUGGAGGUGUGUGACGGUCAUGCCCACUGUCCCGACGGCUCGGAUGAGAAGCAGUGCCGAUCUACAGAUCUUACGGCUCCCACCUCCACCGAUGCACUCGAUACAAGUUCAGCCCCACUGAGGUGCCGCCAAGGCUUCAAGCCGUGUAAAGACGGCCUUGAGUGUGUCAUGUACUCCCAUGUGUGUGACGGAGAAAGAGACUGCCAGGAUGGAUCAGAUGAAGAGGGGUGUGCCCUUGAGUGCAAAGCAGGUGAGUUCCGUUGUGCUCAUGGGAAAAGAUGCAUCCCCCCUGAGCAGGUGUGUGACGGGCAGAGCGACUGUCAAGACCGCUCCGAUGAAAUGGACUGUUCGACUCUGACUGAUGGCUGCCAUCGGCACUGUGACAACAACACUCGCUGUAUACCAGAGACCUUCCUGUGUGACGGCGAGAGAGACUGCGCUGAUGGGUCCGAUGAAGAAAAGUGCGGUGUGGUGGUCUGUUCGCUUGACCAGUACAGCUGUGUUAGCGGUCAGUGCGUGUCCGAGGCCCUGAGAUGUGAUGGAUACGCUGACUGCAGGGACCGCUCCGAUGAGGCGUAUUGCACAAGACCCCCACGCUGCCCGUCACAGCUCCGAUGCCCAGACAGCCACGAGUGCCUGCAGAAAGAGUGGCUCUGUGACGGCGACGACGACUGCAAAGACGGGUCGGAUGAGAAGAACUGCUUGUCGUCGCCAACAAAGUGCAGGGAAUACCAGUGGCAGUGUGGAGACAGCAGUCAAUGCAUCCCUCUGUCGUGGAUGUGCGACGGGAAGAAGGAUUGCCACAACGGCGUGGACGAGGACAACUGCAGCCAGAGAAAAUGCCCCUCUCAACUUUACCAGUGUGGCAGCGGUGAGUGUGUGGACCCCGGCCUGGUGUGCAACGGCUUCACCAACUGUGCCGACAGCUCAGAUGAGGGUGCGGGAUGUGCUAAACGCAACUGCUCCAGUCAAUCGGCUCCGCAGUGUGACUACCAGUGUGUCAGCACCCCAAACGGACCGAGUUGUUACUGUGCUGCAGGUUACCAACUAUGGUCCAGUGCUUUGUUCUGUGUGGACGUUGACGAGUGCAAAGUACUGCCACAUGUCUGCAAACACAGCUGCCGGAACACCCGUGGGUCCUACAUCUGUCAUUGCCUCCCUGGUUUCUACAUCGAGCCUGACAACACAAGCUGCAAGACCAAAGACGAGCCUUUGCUUCUGACGUCGGUGCAGUCGGAGCUCCUGGUCCUGGGAGUCCAUAGUGGCUCCUUGCGCCGUCUGUCCUCUGCCAGUCGGCCAGUCUUCUCACUGGAUUAUCUGUGGGCUCAACAGAGAGUUUACUGGCUGAGCCCCGACUACCAGAGCAUCCGCUGGGCUGACAUGAAAAACUCAAACAGCAAAGGGACACUUAUCAAAGGAGUGAAGUCUGAUUUCAUCGCAGUGGACUGGGUUGGUAAGAACCUGUACUGGGUGGAUGGACUGCUGGGUCAGAUUCUGGCUGUGAAGCUCAGUGAUACCACAGUGAGAUCUCGGGACUACACUGUGGUCCUAGGUGAAGAUCUGGAGCAGCCAAGCUCAUUGGUCCUGCUGCCACAUAAAGGGGUGAUGCUUUGGUCUGAGAUCGGCGGCACCCCUCAGAUCGAGCGGUCUGGGAUGGACGGUUCAAAGAGGAAGGUGGUGGUGAGCCAAGGCUUGAGCUGGCCGGUCAGUCUGGCCUAUGACAUCCUGGACAACAGGGUGUACUGGGCCGAUGAGAAGCUGCGCUGCAUCGGCUCGGCCUCUCUGGAAGGAGAAAAUGUCAAGAUCCUCCAGUUAGCGGAAACACCAAGCCCCUUCUCCGUGGCAGUCUUCAAUGACAGAGUCUUCUGGUCCGACACGAAAAGGAGAACAAUUCGCUCGGCUGAAAAGAACACCGGCAAAGAUCAAAAGAUUCUUCUGAAGAGACCAGGGCAGCCGUUUGGACUUAAACUGAUGCAUACCAUUUCCCAGCCAGCCAUAUCCAACCCCUGUGACCAGCUGCACUGCUCCCACCUCUGCCUGCUGGCCCCUGCGGCGAGGAGAAAGUCUGGAGCGUUGGGGUCGCUGGGGGCUACGGCAGUUUGCCGGUGCCCAAAGGGGCUCCUGCUUGCCAAGGACAAGAUUACCUGUUCUCUUCCGAUGGAUUCAACGUUCAUCAUGCUUUUGUCUCUUACCACAGUCUAUCAGAUUCACUUGCACUCCAUGCGUCGUGAUGGUGUUGCUCUGAAAAAAAUGCCAAACGGCCGAGCUUUAGCCCUGCUUGGAGUGACUGAGGCCUCUGGGCUGGACGUGUGCCUCCAGGACCUUUCUCUGUAUGUGGCUGAUGCAGGACAACGAUCUGUACAUGUGCUGAAACUGAGCGGCUCCCAGUCCAGACAGGCACUGACACCUGCUGGGCAGAUCCUCAAGCUGAGUGAUGAUCAAGUCACAGCUCUGGCCGUUGACUGGGUGACCUCCAACCUCUACUGGAGCAGCACCGCAAGGCCCAAUUUUCACGUGACCUCCCGCCGUGACGGCUACACCACCUUACUGCGGCAGGGAUCACUGAAGGUGAAGUGCACAACAUCCAUCGCACUGCAUCCUCCCUCGGGACAACUUUGUUACACAGCCAUAGUCGAGGCAAGGGGGAAGGGCCAGACUGAGGUGGGCUGUGUCUGGAUGGAUGGCCGCAACAAAGUAGUGCUGUGGAGGAAAUCGAGCAUCCCAACCUCGCUGGUCUUUUCCAAUCACGGAACCAGCAUCUACUGGGCUGACACGGGUGAGGGUGUAAUCGGCUCUAUUGGAGUCGAUGGGACGGGAUAUAAACAGUACAAAACAGGGCCGGGUCUCACCACCUUCACACGUGUUGAGGGCCUCCUCCUCUGGGUCACCGUGGUCAAAGAUUUAACCAAACUGUGGUUCAGUGACGGUCUCCAGCCUAACCAACUGUGGUUUGAGACGAAGACCAGCGUGGCACAAGUCCAAGCCUACAACAACGACAGUCAGUCGGGAACAAAUGGCUGCUCCAACAACAACGGCGGAUGUGUCCACCUGUGCCUGCCCAACCCUCUUGGUCACGCAUGUAAAUGCGGCCGGGGUUUCUACGCCGCCGAGGCCGCCUCCUGUGCACCGCUCCCCGACUGCCCCGCGGGCGAAGAAUCUUGCUUCGACGGUGCCAAAUGUAUCGUCAGCAGCAAAUUCUGUGACGGACGGGUGGACUGUCCAGACAGGUCGGAUGAACAGGACUGUCCAAGCACAAACUCUGCAACUUUCUGGACCAAAUCCAGUGAUGGCCGCCCUCCCCAGUCUCCCUCCCCUCCUCACCCAAACAACGGCGGAAAGAACUCUGUACUCUCGGUUAAAAAAGACACUCCAUCCUGUGAUCUCCAACACUGCAACGGUCGUGGCAAUUGCGUCACAGAAGGCCAAGUCACUCGCUGCCAGUGUGUGGCUGGCUACAAGGGGGAGUCCUGUCAAGAGGCGCCGCCUGUACGGCGCCACGUGGCUGUGAUCAUCGGCAUCUUCUGCCUCAUUGCUGCGUUGACCACCGCUGCUUUGAUUUUGGCUAAAAGGAGAGUCUGGCCGUCCAUCAGAAGCAGAUCCACGGAGAAAGAAACUCUGAUGGAAAACAUGGACCUGCCAUGUGAACAAUACGAUUCAGACUGUGAGGAGCUGGACUCACCGGUAGACGUGAAGAACCCCCCAUUGACAUCACUGCAGCUCAAAUAG